AUGUCGUCAAGCGCCAUGUUCGAGUUAGAGUGCCCGGCAUACUGUCUGUUCACAUCCGGGAGUACCGGGGAGCCCAAGGGCUGCAUGGUAAAUCAUGGCGCCUUUGCGAGUAUUGCGGACCACUGCAUCGCGAUUAGUGUCAAUGCAUCUAGCCGUGUGCUCCAGUUUGCUUCCUACAGCUUUGGGAUAUCCCUUAUCGAGAUAUGGUGUACCCUCAUUGCUGGAGGAACUGUCUGCGUGCCUGCAGAAGAGGACAGAGAUAGUCGACUCUCUGACGUUAUCAAUGAGUUCAAAGUAAAUUACGCCCUAUUGACACCUACAGUGCUGGAUUCAUUGACGCCAGAGAGUGUGCCCACUGUGAAAACUUUGCUAGUCGCGGGAGAACCUCUGAAAGAGUUCCAGGUUGGUCGUUGGGCCCAGGCCGUAAACCUUUAUCAGGGUUAUGGUCUAACGGAGUGGGCGGGAUUAUUCUCGAUCUCGCCUAAGGUGCAGUCAAGUGGGGACCUUGGCUGCAUUGGCUGUCCCAUUGCUGGCAGAUGCUGGCUUCUUGACCAGUUUUCUCCCAACAAGCUGGCCGGAAUUGGCACGGUAGCUGAGUUAGCGAUUGAGGGCCCUAGCCUCGCACAGGCAUAUAUCAAUGACCCCGCACGCACCUCUACAAGCUUUCUAGAGUCACCGCAGUGGAUGCCAAAUAUUUAUGAGGAAGGUCACAACAAGAAGGUGAUCUACCGCACGGGCGACUUGGUUUACUAUGAUUCCCAAGGAAAUCUCCGGUAUGUCUGCAGGAAGGACAGCCAGGUUAAGAUACGUGGUCAGCGUGUCGAGCUGCGUGCGAUAGAGACUCAGAUCGGCCAGAAUGCUGUCGUGGAAGACAUAAGGCCAGUAGAUGAUACCGAUCAAUCAGUACUGGUGGCAUUCGUACCGGUUAAAUCCCUUAGUGUGCGUUGCCUCGACAUUCAUGAGCAAGCGGGCAAUGUUUCCACCGCGAGGGUGGAUGAAGCAUUCAAAAGAAGUGCCGCUUUGACGAAGAAAAGACUUGAAGCGCAGCUACCAAAUUACAUGGUACCAAGUAUUUUCAUACCGGUUCAAACAAUGCCAUUGACAAUAUCAGGCAAGGUCGAUCGUCUGAAGCUGCGGACUUCCGUGAGCGGACUUUCCCGCCGCCAGAUUCUGGAGCUGGCGGGACUACGACAUGGUGUUAUUAUGCCAUCUACAGAGCAAGAGCAAACACUGCAUAGGCUCAUCGUAGACUUAUUGAAUCUCAAGGCCGAUGAGGUGGGCAUGGAGCAAGACUUCAUUUCACUCGGGGGUGAUUCAGUCAUGGCAAUGCGGCUGGUAGGCAAGGCACGACACGAAGGUUUACACUUCACGGUUCAGGAUGUCUUCAAAAUGCCCGUGUUGAGGGAAUUGGCCCUGGUAGCGAAGGUGACGGACAGGGAAGACCCUCGCCCAGACAUCAAGCCAUUCAGUCUUCUUGAACCAACUUCGCGAGAGGCUACAGUUGCUCUGGCCGCUCAGGUUUGUCGGGUAAGGCAAGAGCGAGUCGAGGAUGUAUAUCCUUGCACUCCUCUCCAGGAAGGAAUGAUGAUUCUUGGGGCACAGCAAAAGGGGAAGUAUAUCGCACGGUUUGUCUAUCGAUUGGAGCCCACCGUUGAUCUGGCCCGGCUUCGUGCGGCCUGGGACCAGACCGUUAUUGCCAAUCCGAUUCUUCGAACUAGAAUCAUCGAAACGGAUGGAAAAGGAAUGCGUCAGGUUGUCGUGCGGGAGACAAUUGUGUUGACUAAUGUCGCUGAAGCCCAACCAGUGCCAACGAGCUUCGGUGACCGCCUGAUAAAUGCAAAUCUGAUCGAGGCCAAAGAUGGACAUUCCGACUCAUUCAUGAUUCUGACGAUGCAUCAUGCGAUAUGCGACAGAUGGUCUGUGCAGCAAUUGAUGUGCCAGCUGGAGAGCGCGUACAAAGGGGUAGCACCGAGCCCUAAUUCUUUCAGCCGGUUUAUCCAGCAUAUUCAAGACAUGGACACAACAGCCGCUGAGGCGUAUUGGAAGUCCCAAUUUAGUAGCCUGGAAGCAGAGGCUUUCCCUAAGCUUCCCUCGAAGGACUAUAGACCCAACGCAACCGAGUCGAUGACCCAACGAAUCGAUCCGCCAUAUGGAACUCCAACAGGAUUCACAAUGUCCACGAUACUCCGACUCGCACUGGCCAUUGUCAUCGCGCACUAUUCCAGUUCUCCUGACGUUGUGUUUGGAGCUACGGUCACCGGCCGGGCAGCUCCCGUGCAUGCGGUGGAAACAUUGACCGCACCCACCGUCGCUACAAUUCCGGUGCGAGUAAAGCUGGACCCCAGCAGCAAGAUCACCGACGCUCUUGAUAUGAUCCAAACCCAGACCAGUGAGAUGACGGCCUUUGAGCAAACCGGCUUACAGGCCAUAUGUAAGUGCAGUCCGGAAGCAGACACUGCUUGUCGUUUCCAGACCCACCUCAUCGUUCAGCCCUCAUGGGAUGCGACGACACAUACCCUCUUCGCACCAGUUACAGAGGGCGCCACAACGGCAGGCGGUUUUACGGCCUAUGCACUGGUCGUGCUCUGUAAUUUAAUGGACAACUCCAGUGUAAAUGUUACAGCUGAGUUCGACACCGGGGUGCUGAGCACCAAUGAGAUGACAUGGAUCUUGAAACAUUUUCAACACGUUGUUCUGCACCUUCUCACAAACCCGGAGCAAAAGAUAAGCCAUGUUCCCACAAUGAGUGACUUCGAAGUGGAUCAGCUACGCCAAUGGAAUCGAACACUACCGUCGACAAUCUCUUCAUGUGUCCAUGAGAUUAUUCGUCAGCGAUGCAUCGACAAUCCCAGUUCCAGCGCAAUCUGCGCGUGGGACGGCGAUUUCGCCUUCGACGAACUCGACCUUUGGUCGGCUCGGCUUUCCACAUUCCUCGUACACCGGGGUGUAGGACCCGACGUCUUUGUGCCUAUCCUGUUCCAGAAGUCUCGGUGGGCGAUAGUCGCCAUGUUGGGGGUUAUGAAAGCAGGAGGGGCCUUCGUGAUGCUGGACCCGAUACAACCACGGCAAAGGUUGAUGGCCAUCUGCAAACAGAUCAAUGGACCUGUCCUGAUAUCCCAUAUGGAAAACGAACACCUUGCUGCGAUGCUACACCCAAAAACCGUCAUUUUAGACGAGAACAUCAUUAACAUGCUGUCAACCAAUCAACAAAGCGUUCCAGAAGCAUCAGCGCGUCCCGAUGCCGCACUGUAUGCAGUCUUCACUUCGGGUACCACUGGAACCCCAAAGGGCGUCGUCAUUGAGCAUCGGUCAUAUUGCUCUGGAGCCAUGGCCCAUAUAGAGGCAUGCGGAAUGAGCUCACAGACUCGAAUGCUGCAAUUCGCCUCAUAUUCGUUUGAUACCAGCAGCAUGGAGAUCCUCAGUACUCUGAUGGCAGGCGGGUGUGUUUGCGUCCCAUCUGAGCAUGGACGUAAGAACGAUCUGGCCAACGAAGCAGCACGUCUGAAAAUAACACAUGCAAUCCUGACCCCGUCGCUGGCUCGUCCCUUGCUGAGUACCUCGACAUUUGCAGCAACAACCAUCAUUGUAGUGGGAGAGCCCAUGACGAGAUCGGAUGUCUCGCAGUGGACGAGGCACUAUCGAUUGAUGAAUGGAUACGGCCCAUCGGAAUGCUCUGUAAAUGCCACUCUGCAGCCAAACAGUGGCACCGGCCCGGACAUUGAUCCCGCCAAUAUCGGGUUCCCAACGGGUGCUGUUUGUUGGAUUGUCCAUCCAGAAAAUCACAACAUCCUACGUCCCAUCGGUGCCGUGGGGGAAUUGUUGAUCGAAGGACCGAUUGUCGGUCGAGGAUACCUCAAUGAUCCGGAUCGGACCAGGGCUUCUUUCGUAAGCGCUCCCCCGUGGUUGCGAGAUAUCUGCCCUAGAGAGGGUGGCACCAGGCUGUACAAAACGGGGGACCUCGUCAAGUAUACAAAGGAUGGUUCAGUCGUUUACGUCGGACGGAAUGAUACACAGGUCAAAUUGCGAGGACAGCGCAUUGAGCUGGGGGAGGUAGAAGACCAUAUACGGCGAUGUAUUCGCGGCAUUGUUGACGUUGUGGUUGAAAAGGUUCAACCAUCAGCACCCACUGACAGUCCCUGUCUUGUGGCUUUCGUCGUCACACAACAGCAGACACCGGAUAACAAUGCUGAGGCGGUGGACCUUUUUGCAAAGCCAACCGACAGCUUUGCGGCACUUGCAGCAGCAUGCCAUACCAAACUACUCGCCUCUGUACCGGAAUACAUGGUCCCUGAGAUCUUUAUUCCCUUGUCUUCAACGCCGCGUACCGUGUCAGGCAAGACUGAUCGUCGUCACUUGCGGAGCAAGGCAUCCCAGCUUUCGUUUGUCGAGUUAAGCGCCUUCAGAUCACCGAGGCCAGAAAAGCAAAUGCCAAUUAAUCAAGCCGAGCACGUGCUGCAGGCGGUUUGGUCACAGGUGCUGAAUCGACCCUUGCAGGAUGUAGGAAGGAACGACAGCUUUUACCAACUGGGAGGAGACUCCAUUUCUGCCAUGCAGGUCGUGGCUCUGGCGUCCUCAAAAAACCUCUUCACAUCGGUCGAGGAUAUCCUGCGCUUCAAGACAAUCGCCGACAUAGUUGAUCAGGGCAGGCGGCAUACCAGACCUGACAUCCGGACAGGCCAUUCUUUUGGGGUGCCUUUCGACCUGGCACCCAUACAGCAACUUUUCUUUGAGAGACAAAGUAAAGUGACCCAUCGGUUCAACCAGGAAUUCCUCGUUUGCGUUACCAGGCGAGUCAGUUUAGAUCAAUUAAGACAGGGCCUUCAAACCAUCAUCUCCAGGCACCCCAUGCUAUGUUCAGUCUUUUUGCGACAGUCCAACGGACAAUGGCAACAGAUGCUCCGGCAUAUGAACGACAGCAACUCUCCGUGUGUCCACCACAGUGUGGUCCGACGCGAUGCGUUUGAUGCGGCUCUUACAGCCACUCGCCGGUCACUGAAUAUUGAGAGCGGUCCUGUUUUUGCCGCACAUCUGGUGGAUGUUCCCGAUGACGAGAGGCAGUAUUUGUUUUUGGUGGCUCAUCAUCUGGUCAUUGAUCUGGUAUCAUGGCGUAUUAUCUUUGCUGACCUGGAAAGUACCUUGAAAGAGGGGCCGCUUUGCGCGCCCCCGUCGGUAUCUUUCCAGACGUGGUGCUCUCUACAGGACCAGUUCUGCAGGGAAUCUCUCCCUCCAGCCCAGGCACUCCCAAAAGCCCUACCCCAGAAUCAUCACACCGACCCCAAAAUUCUGUGGGGUCUUUCUGGAAGGGCUAAUACUUUUGGGGAUAUUGCAACCGAAAGGUUCACGGUGGAUUGGGACGUCUCGCAGCAGCUGCUGGGUGGGGCUAAUCAGGCCUUCAAUACCAGGUCCGUCGAAAUCUUCAACGCCAUCGUUCUGUAUUCAUUUGCCGGGGUCUUCCAGGAUCGUCCUCCUCCCUUGGUAUUCUCCGAAGGCCAUGGCCGCGAGCCUUGGGACCGUUCCAUUGACCUGGCCCAAACCGUUGGAUGGUUUACGACGCUGUGGCCGGUCAUCGUGGAUAUGCAGAAAGGAGAAGGUUUUAUCCAGAUCCUGCGCCUGGUCAAAGACGCCUAUCGCCAGAUCCCCAAAAACGGAUGGGCAUAUUUCGCGUCAAGAUAUCUUCAUCCCGAAGGUCGCCAGAGUCUUCAUACUCCUUACUCAGCUGAGAUCAUCUUUAACUAUACGGGCGAGUAUCAACAAUUCGAACAGGCGAAUUCCCUCUUCCAAUCCGAUAUCCACACAAUCCAAGGGGCCCUGGAUGCCGCAGACGAUGUCGAGCGCCUCGCUUUGUUCGACGUGACGAUAUCAGUGUCGCACGGGUGCUUGCAAUUCCAUUUCAUAUAUAAUCGCCAUAUGUUGCAUCAACAGGCCAUCCAAGAUUGGAUCCAAGCAUGCAAGCUCAAUGCAACCGCUGCGUGCAGAUCCUUAUGUGGUCGCCCAUGCAGGCCCACCGUGUGUGAUUUUCCCCUAAUGUCGCUGUCGUACCACCAGCUCGAUGAAUUUAUCGAUAACACCUUACAAUCCAUGGGAUUCACAUGGGAUGACGUGGAAGACUGCUAUCCCUGUUCCCCGGCACAGCAAGGGAUGCUCGUGGCGCAAGCAAAGGACGCGGGCAGCUACAUGGUCCAGGUGACAUGGAAGAUCGAGUCGAUGGACGGCCAAGAAAUGGACCUGCUUCGUCUAAAGCGCUCCUGGGAGGAGGUCGUCAAGCGUCAUGCGAUUCUGCGAACCAUUCUUGUCGACGGAAUAUCCGGCGGCUCAUACCUUGACCAGGUGGUGUUGAAAGCCACGUCUCCAAAGUUGCUCCCCAACCGAUGUGCGCGAUCCGGGCAGACGAAGGGAGAGCUACUGUAUACCAUGACCUUUUCUGAUAAUGAGGGUAAUGGCUGUGUUUGUCAGUUAGAGGUCAAUCACGCUAUUAUUGACGCGGCAUCCUUGGACAUUCUGAAACGAGAUCUCAUCUCUCAGGCAUGCGAUGAAUGCUUGCCCGGUUGGCAGCGCCCCUUGUACAGUGAUUUCCUCCGGUACCUGCACAGCCAGCCAUCAGAGCCAGCACACCAAUAUUGGAAGGCCUAUCUACACGGUGUGCAGCCCUGUCACUUUCCGAGCCUCGUAGCCGACCACCCUGGGCCUGCUGCCUUGCGGCACGUGUCGAAACGUCUCCCCAAUGGCCCUCAAAUCCAUAAAUUUUGCAAGGAAUCAGAGAUCACUAUAUGGAACAUCGUCUGCCUUGCCUGGACGUUCGUUCUACGGUGUUAUACGUAUGCGGAACAGGUAUGCUUUGGUGUUGUAAAGUCGAGCCGAGACCUGCCAAUCAGCAAUGUCGAACACAUUGUCGGACCAAUCCUGAACAUGCUUCCGUUCUAUCUGUCCCUGGAUGGAACGGAGAUCGCGGAUCAGGUGCUCCAAACCAUUAAACAAGACUAUCUCGCGAGUCUUCAAUAUCAGACCGUCCCGCUGUCUGAUAUUCAUCAGCUGGCUCAGACCUCUCAGCAGCCCCUCUUCAAUACGGCAGUCACAGUACAACGUGCGCAUGGCUGGGGCGACAAGAGCAACGGCCGUAUGAGGAUUGAAACCCUAUCCAAGGACGAGACCACGGAAUACGACCUUCUACUGUCGGUCGACUACACCGAUGAUACCAUUGAUGUCCAGCUCCGAUAUAAGACGGGAACACUGUUUGAGCCUCACGCCCGCAGUGUGUUGGCCACGUUCGAGGAAGCCCUGUCCAGCGUCGUCCUCAACAGUAAACUGGGAAUCGAUCAAAUCAAUCUCGUCGGUUGUGAAGACCAAGCUCUUAUUCGGAGCCGCAAUUCCUCCCUUCCUGCUACGGUUGAAUCGUGUAUUCACGAUAUGAUUGACCUCCAAUGUUCCAAACGACCUCAUGCCACAGCCGUCUGUGCAUGGGAUGGCGAUUUCACGUUUCAUGAGAUCAAGGCUCUGUCGUCUAGGCUGGGCAGUCAUCUGACCAUGAAAGGGGUCUGUCCCGAAGCGAUCGUGCCUAUUUGUCUCGAGAAAUCCCGCUGGACCGUGGUUGCGAUGCUCGGGGUGUUGAAAACGGGCGGUGCAUUCGUUCUCUUGGAUCCGUCUCAUCCUUAUGCGAGGUUGCGGACACUCUGUGAGCGAGUGUGCGCGAAGGUGAUCCUAUCUUCACAGGAGAAGGUUGAGCUGAGCCGAAAGCUCUGUGACGAUGUGGUGAUCGUCAGCACCGACGGUUCCUCAUUGUGGUCCGACACCCUUAUGACCAACUCUGCCAGACCCGCGGCACAGCCAAGUAAUGCGGCAUAUAUCAUUUUCACCUCCGGCUCGACCGGUACACCGAAGGCCGUUGUCAUCGAACAUCGGGCGUUUUGUACGGGGGCGUUGAGUCAAAUCGCCGCACUUCACCUCAACGAGGCCACCCGAUUCGCCCAGUUCUCUUCCUUUGCGUUCGAUAUCUGUAUCCUCGAGCAUUUUGCCACCUUGAUGGCGGGUGGAUGCAUCUGUGUCUUGUCGGAGUCACAGCGCCAGGACCGAUUAGAGGAACAUCUCCAAUCUCUCCACGCCACACAUGCCCUACUGGUUCCUUCGGUUGCCCGGCUCCUCUCGCCGACGGAAAACACCCUCUCGACCCUCAUCCUCGGCGGAGAGUGCAUGAGCCAGACGGAUGUGUCCACUUGGGCCGAUCGUGUCCGUCUCCUCAAUAUCUAUGGACCCGCCGAGUGCUCUGUCAUCUCGACGGUGCAGGCUUCGGUCCGACGGGGAUCCGAUCCCCGGAAUAUCGGCCAUCCCUGUGGGUGUGUUUGCUGGAUUGUGGACUCCUAUGAUGUGAACAAACUGAUGCCCAACGGUGCUGUUGGAGAGUUAUUGAUUGAGGGGCCGAUUGUCGCCCGUGGUUAUCUCGACGAUAUUGAACGGACCGCUGAGGCUUUUGUUCGGCCACCGGCGUGGUUUGGAGAUCGCAGAAAACCGAGUAGCUUUUAUCGCACCGGCGAUUUGGCCCGAUUCAAUGUCGAUGGCUCGUUGACGUUCCUGGGACGCCGAGAUAUGCAGGUGAAGUUACGUGGUCAACGGAUUGAGCUCGAAGAGGUGGAGGCUCAUGUGCGGUGGGCGUUGGACGGUGCUGUGGACGUUGUGGCCGAGGUGGCGGUCCCUGAAGGAGUCCACCGGAAUCCUGUGCUCGUCGCCUUUGUUCUGUUUCUGUCGAAUGAUGCUACGUCCCCGGCCGAUGGUGUGGUCCUGACUGCUCCCUCCACAGCCUUCUAUACGAAAGUCGCCGGGGCAAAGACCAAACUCCAACAGUCCGUUCCCAGCAUGCUGGUGCCGUCCAUAUUUGUUCCCAUACUACGUCUUCCACGCACAGCGUCCGGGAAAAUUGAUCGCAAGUCUCUCCGGCAGACCUUCGAGGCCUUUUCACCGGAUGAUCUGGCGAAUUUCCGGACUCAUCCAUCCGCAGGUCCGCAGAACCCUCCAUCCACGGAGGUCGAGCACAAACUACGGCAAAUCUGGGCAGAAGCUCUUGCCCUCUCGCCAUAUUCGAUCGGGUUAAGUGACAAUCUCUUCCACUUGGGGGGCGACUCCAUUGAUGCCAUGAAAGUUGCCGCUCUUUCCCGCACGGCCGGGAUCCCCGUGAGCGUUGCCAGUAUAUUUGCCGCGCCCACGCUCGAGGAUCUCGCGAAGAAAGCCGCCUCGACCACCUUGACAGAGACGAUCGUUCCCAGAUCAUCCUUCAGCAUGGUGCGUUCCGAGGUUCGCAACUAUUUCACUGCAAGACUGGCGACGCACGAACCGAGCGCACGCGAUCCGGUCAUUUCCGAUGUGCUUCCGGCCACCGAAGUCCAACGCUUUUUCAUUGAGCGUCGCACCCUGCACUAUUAUAACUUUGCAUUCUGCGGGAAUCUGGACUCUGGCAAACUUCGGAGGGCAUGCGAAGUGAUGAUGGCCCGAUAUGCCAUCCUUCGUACCCUCUUUAUGGUGUAUGAAGGCGACCUGUUUCAAGUCAUUCUGAACACACUCGAGGCCCCAUUUGGCCAUCAUCACCAUAAAGGCAAUGAUCUCCGAGCCUUCGCCCAGCAGCUGUGGGCGGACGAUCGGAGCCAGUUCAAUAUCCUGACCGGACCCGCCAUUCGGUUCAUCCUCGUCUCCGGCUCGGGACCGAACCACAUCUUCAGUAUUCGGAUUUCGCAUGCGCAAUGGGAUGGCGUGUCGUUUCCCUGCCUUGUCCAUGACCUAAUGGCCGCCUACAAUGGAAUCAGCUUGCGUCCGACCUCGGAUUUUGCCGACUACCAAUAUUAUCGCGCCGCCCACAGUGGUGCAAACGCCUUUGCCUUCUGGGAGCGAUACUUGCGCGAUGGCGCCAUCACUUCCCCCUUCGAACCCCGGAACCCUGUGGACUGUCUCCCCGGGGAGGAAUUUACGACCAGGUGGCAUGUUGAGGCCAUCGCGCGGCCGCGGUUGCCCCUGGGGAUCACCAUGGCCACGCUCGUGAAAGCCGCCUGCGCCUGGUAUAUCGCAUGCCUCACAUCGCAAGACGACAUCAUCAUCGGGCAGACGGUCAACGCGCGCAGUCUUCCCAUGGACCAUAUCGAUGUAGUCCUCGGCCCCUGUCUCAAUUUCAUCCCAUUUCGAGUGGCCUUCCACCCGCAAUGGACCAUCCUUGAUCUCCUAAAGUCUGUCCGCGCACAAUAUACUGAAACACUGGGGCAUGAGUUCGUCGAAUUUAGGGAUAUAGUGCGAAAUGCCACUAACUGGCCGGAGAACACGCAAUUUGGUGUAAUCGUACAACACCAAAACAUUCAGCUGAGACAUGACAUGGACCUAGGAGGCAUUCAGGCGGAAUACUCCCUCUUUCCACAAUUUGAUCCUAGGGAUGAAGUAUUCAUUUUCACAGAGCCUUACCACAACCGGUUGGAGGUUCAAGUAUGUUCAAGUACUAGGAUUCUCUCGCCGGAGCGUGGUAGAUCCAUGGCCCAGGGCAUCUCCGCAACCAUUGAGCGCUUCUCACGCUCAUCGGAGAUGUUAGUAUCUGACUUGAGGACAAUGGAAGGUCUGUCCCAAAUGUGA